AUGAAUACAUGCGUAUUGGCACAAUCAUUAAGCGAAAUUGUCAGUAAGCAAGUGGCAUUGUUCAUUCAACUGAAACAACACAAACGAAUUUUUAUUUUGCGAUGUGCUGUUAUUGAUUCCACCCUCAAAAAACCAACUCAUACAUAUGACAAACAUUUAUUUGAACACGAGAAAAAAUAA